CGGGAGUCAACAAAGUUUCGUAGGCUUUCAAACCAGUCCGUUCAAUAGUACGCGUUGGAAAUAGGGGAGAAAUGAGGUGGUUACGGAGUCCCAGCUCAAAGCCUCAAAUUACUUCCCCGCCCAUAAUUAUCCCGCCAUUAAAAAAUUAAUGGUUGUACAAAAUGGUCAUUAAACAUGUUUUUAUCAUAAUAAUAAUCCUUUUUUUUUUCAAAAUGAAAACGAUUAAUCUGUCAUUCUCAACAACUACUCAUUUGCAGUUUUGCAGUUAGGACGGUGCGAAACGGUUACCGCCUAUCGGAGAGAGCGACAUGACGGCGGCCACCGUGACGAUUGACGGCGGUUCGAAAACGAUUGCCGCCGUCUUCGAUGUUGAUCAAGCGGCUUUGACGGUGGCGGUUGACGGCAGUGGAGGAGGAGACGCUUCGGAGGUGUUGAUGAUGGAUGAGGACGUGAAGGAGGAGGCAGCAGGCGGCGGGACUGGGAGACGAAUAGUUAAGGGCCCCUGGUCACCCGAUGAAGAUUUACUCUUGACUCGGUUAGUUAGUAAGUUGGGAGCCAGGAAUUGGGGAUUGAUCGCCCGGGGAAUUCCAGGACGUUCUGGAAAGUCCUGCCGGCUCCGUUGGUGUAACCAGCUCGAUCCUUCCGUUAAGCGCAAGCCUUUCACUGAUGAAGAAGAUCAAGUGAUAAUAUCCGCGCAUGCAAUCCAUGGAAACAAAUGGGCAGCGAUUGCGAAACUCCUUCCUGGUAGAACCGACAAUGCAAUUAAGAACCACUGGAAUUCUGCACUGAAACGUAAGUUUUCAGUUCUUGCCUGGCGUAAACGCAUGAUUAGUCUUGAUGGAAGCAUGGACUGUACAAAUGGAGCAUCAGAACACAUCUUGUCGCAUGGAGAUUUUGACUCUUUAAAAUCCUUAAAGGAAGAAUAUGAUGGCAUUUUGGAAGAAGAACUACAGCAUGCUGAAAGGAAGGCUCAAAUUGAUGGUGAUCAUUUAUCUUGUGAAAACAGCCUUUCCAUUUUAUCUGAAAAUAAGCUUCCUCCCAGCGGCGAGAAGUCCUCUCCCAGUGUUUCUCGACCUGUAGCAAAAGUUGGUGCAUUUAGUGUUUAUAAUCCUUCUGGUUGUGAUUUGCCCGUUCCUAGGACAGAUCCAUUGCAGGGGCCUCUGGUUCAAACAUCAGAUCUAGAAAUCUGUAAAAUGUUGGGACACAUGGAGGAUGAGCCUUUGAUCCCUUUGCAAUGCAGUUAUGGCUGCUGCUCAUCUUCUGGUGCAAAAGCCUUUCAAAGCUCUUUGUUGGGGCCAGAAUUUGUUGACUAUGAAGAAACUCCUCCUACUUGUGGUCACGAACUAGCUGCCAUAGCCACAGACUUGAACAAUAUCGCGUGGAUGAGACAUGGUUUGGAGAAUUCCUCAAGGGUACCAGAUACUGAUAAUAGGGAUGCAACGCCUCAGGUUUACUCUACCUCCGGGCCUAUGAAUGCUAAUGGAACUAUCUUUCAGCCGUUGCACUUCAAUGAGGGGUGGCACCAGUUAAGAGGCUUAAUGACCAUAUUUCCAGCCCAGAUGCCUUUUCGGACUUGUGUUUUUUCAAGGUGAGAGGCAUUGGUGACACACAAAAUAUUUUUUCAGCCAUCUUUUCUUUCUGUUUGACAAAUACAUGAUACUGGAUAUCAAGGUUUUCCUCUGAUGUUAUGGGAGGUUUAGAGUAUAUUGAUCUUGUAUAGAGUUCUGUUUUAUUGAGAAGUGAACAUGGCAAGCUGCUUAAGGCUGGAUGAAUGCAGCAGCUUCUUUGUGUUUAAAGAAAGAAUCAAUCUGCAGGUCUUAGAUUUCAUAUCUUGGCCUCUGAACAUUUUGUUUAGUGGUUAGAAACAAUACAAUUAUGGAUGUACAUGAUAUCUUCCUCAAGUCAGAUUCAUCUGAAGUGUGGUUGUCAUUUUUGCAAAAGGAGGAUUUUAUAUAUAUAUAUAUAUAUAUAUAU